AUGAGAUGGAUUCGCCAAGACGGCCUGCUGUUUGUGAAGUGGAUGGAUACUAGAGAGGUUGUCAUGUGUUCCAGUAUUCACAAGUCCUUCAGUGGAGAUCAUGUAAUCAGACGUGUAAAGGAUGGUUCUGGGUCAUGGACCACUAAAAAUGUCCCCAUUCCUUUAGCUAUCAAGGACUACAACAAGAGCAUGGGAGGUGUGGACCUGUCAGAUGCACUGAUUGGCUACUACAAUGUGCUCCACAAGACAAUGAAGUGGUGGUAUGUGUUUAUGGAGAUCACUGAGCUCGAGACGACUUUUAAACUGUGUAAUGACCUGAAACUUGGAAGUCCCCUGAAACCCAGCCCACUGGACCUUAGCUACAGGAACAAAAACCCCAAGGGCCCAGUCAGGAAGAGAAUCAGACUUUCAGGUUGCUAUGGACUAUUGGAUCAACUCCUGAAUCCUGUCAGCUCUGCUUGGAACUUCACAAUGGUGUUGUUUCUGACUGCAACUAUAAUAACCUUGAAUAACUCCUCUCAUGAGAACCAGACUACAGAAAACCCCACCCCCCAGGGUGCCCAUGUACUUUCCUCUAUGCUGGUCAUCUCUCUUCUUCUCAUCAUCAUCGUUCUCCCGACAGUAUACUUCCUAAGGUUUAGAAACCACAGGAAGGCUCUUGUCACCUCAGUUGAUAAGAAGAUUCCAAAUGGCUUCUUGGAAGAUCAAGGAGAGCAGACAGUGGUCCUCCUCCCACGAUCCCCAUCUCCAUCCAAGCGUUACUUCCCCAUCCCCCUGGACUCGCUAGAAGACCAGUUCCGGAUAUGCUCGGCAGACGACUGCAAGCUUUUCAGAGAGGAGUUCAAUUCACUGCCCUGUGGCUACCAGCACAGCUCCUUUGAGGAGGCUAGCAGGGUGAUCAACAGGGACAAGAACAGAUAUCCAAACAUCCUACCAUAUGACCAUUCCAGAGUGUUGUUAACUCAAAUCGAUGGUUAUUCUUGUACGGACUACAUAAAUGCCUCAUACAUAGAUGGUUAUAAAGAGAAGAACAAAUUCAUUGCAGCUCAAGGCCCAAUGCACGACACUGUGGCAGACUUUUGGCGGAUGGUCUGGGAACAGAAGACUGCUACUAUAGUGAUGCUCACUAACCUGAAAGAGAGAAAAGAGGAUAAGUGUUACCAGUACUGGCCAGACCAGGGCUGUUGGAUGUAUGGGAACGUGAGGGUGGCAGCAGAGGACUUUACUGUACUGGUGGACUACACCAUGCGCAAGUUCUGUGUACAAUAUCAGGGGAGUGACGGCCCCAGGGGCCCCUGCAUGGUCACCCAGCUCCACUUCACCAACUGGCCAGAUUUUGGGGUGCCCUUCUCCCCCAUCGGCAUGCUCAAGUUCCUGAAGAAGGUGAAGACGGUCAACCCGUCCUAUGCAGGACCCAUCGUGGUGCACUGCAGUGCUGGCGUAGGAAGGACUGGAACGUUUAUCGUCAUAGACGCCAUGAUUGACAUGAUGCAUGUAGAGCAGAGGCUGGAUGUCUUUGGGUUUGUGACCAGAAUACGGGAGCAGCGCUCUCAACUCGUCCAGACUGAUAUGCAGUACUCAUUCAUCUAUCAGGCUCUGUUGGAGUAUUAUCUGUAUGGUGACACAGAGCUGGAUGUGUCCUCUCUGGAAGGUCACCUGCAGAAGCUCCACAAUACCAGAGCACCCCUCGAAAGGCUGGGCCUAGAAGAAGAGUUCAGGAAACUGACCAAUGUACGCAUAAUGAAGGAGAACAUGAGGACCGGAAACCUUCCUGCCAACAUGAAGAAGAACCGUGUUCUUCAGAUCAUUCCAUAUGACUUCAACCGGGUUAUAUUGUCAAUGAAAAGGGGCCAAGAGUUCACGGACUACAUCAAUGCAUCAUUUAUUGAUGGCUACAGACAGAAGGACUACUUCAUCGCUACCCAAGGUCCUCUGUCCCACACGGUGGAGGACUUCUGGAGGAUGGUGUGGGAGUACAGGUGUCACUCUAUUGUCAUGCUCACUGAACUCAAGGAGAGGGAACAGGACAAAUGUUUCCAGUACUGGCCAGCAGAGGGCACUGCGACAUUUGGAGACUAUACUUUGGAGCUGAAGGGGGAUGCCCUAUGUGACACUUUCACUCUGAAGGACAUGGUGCUCACAUAUGGACCAGAAAAACAGUCAAGGCACGUCAGACACUUUCAUUUCCACGGCUGGCCUGAGAUCGGAAUACCGGCAGAGGAAAAGGGAAUGAUCGACAUCAUUGCUUCAGUGCAGAGACAGCAACAGCAGUCUGGAAACCACCCUAUCAUAGUACAUUGCAGUGCUGGUGCGGGUCGGACUGGGACAUUCAUCGCCCUGAGUAAUAUUCUGGAGCGGGUGAAAGCCGAGGGCCUACUGGACGUGUUUCAGACAGUCAAGAGCUUACGCAUGAAGAGACCACACAUGGUUCAGACUGUGGAACAAUAUGACUUCUGCUACAGAGUGGUUCAAGAUUUUGUUGACAUUUUCUCAGACUAUGCCAAUUUCAAAUGA